AUGGCGCGCAAACAGCGGCAGCCCGUCUACGUGCUCGGGGUGGGCAUGACCAAGUUCAUCAAGCCGCGGGGCAAGGUCGACUACACGGAGCUGGGGUUCGAGGCGGGGGCCAAGGCGAUGCUGGACGCGCAGAUCUCGUACGACGACGUGGAGCAGGGGGUGGCGUGCUACUGCUACGGCGACUCGACGUGCGGGCAGCGCGUCUUCUACCAGUUCGGCAUGACGGGGAUCCCCAUAUACAACGUCAACAACAACUGCUCAACGGGCUCGACGGGCCUGGCCAUGGGCCGCGACCUCAUCUCGUACGGCGGCGCCGACUGCGUGCUCGUCGUCGGCUUCGAGAAGAUGAUGCCCGGCAGCCUGCAGAGCUUCUUCAACGACCGCGAGAACCCCAUCGGCACCUCGGGCAAGAUGAUGGCCGCCACCCGCGGCGUCGCCAAGGCCCCCGGCGCCGCCCAGAUGUUUGGCAAUGCCGGCCGCGAGUACAUGGAGAAAUACGGCGCCAAGGCCGAGGACUUUGCCGAGAUAGCGCGCAUCAACCACGCGCACUCGGUCAACAACCCGUAUUCGCAGUUCCAGGACGUGUACACGCUAGAGCAGGUGGUAGAGUCGACCAAGAUCCACGAGCCGCUGACCAAGCUGCAGUGCUGCCCGACGUCGGACGGCGGCGCGGCAGCGGUGCUGGUGUCGCAGGCCUUCCUGGACGCGCGGCCGCACCUGCUGGGCCAGGCGGUGCUGGUUGCGGGCCAGUGCAUGGCGACGGACGCGCCGAGCCUGUUCUCGCGCAGCGCCAUCGACCUGAUGGGGCGCGAGAUGAACCAGACGGCGGCGCGCACGGCCAUGGCGGAGGCGGGCAUCACGCCGGCCGACGUGACCGUGUGCGAGCUGCACGACUGCUUCAGCGCCAACGAGAUGAUCGUCAUCGACGCGCUAGGGCUGUCGGAGCCGGGCAAGGCGCACGAGAUGGUGCGGCGCGGCGACAUCACGUACGGCGGCAAGGUCGUCAUCAACCCCAGCGGCGGGCUCAUCUCCAAGGGGCACCCGCUCGGGGCCACGGGCAUCGCGCAGUGCGCCGAGCUGGUCUGGCACCUGCGCGGGUGGGCCAACAACCGCGCGGCGCCGCACACCAAGUGGACGCUGCAGCACAACCUCGGCCUCGGCGGUGCCGUCGUCGUGACCGUGUACCGGCGCGCCGACGGCAAGGAGGCACCCGUCGUCGACUCGGCCACGGUCGGGCGCGUCAACAAGCUGGGCUACAACCCGGCCGUCGAGGCCAAGGGCUUCACGGCCGAGCAGGCCAGGGCGGUGCGCAGCAAGGACAAGUCGAGCGACUGGGCGCUGCAAGACACGCUAGAGAAGGUCCAGGCUCGGUUUUAG